AUGACUUGGAUUUGGCAUUCGUUUUUCGGUCCCGCUGGAUCGAACAACGAUGUCAAUGUUUUGCAGCAGUCGCCGUUGUUUCAAAACGAGCGUAAUGGAUCCACGCCAGACAGUUCAUUUAGCGUAAAUGGACAUGAUUACAAUCGCGAUUACUACCUUACCGAUGGAAUCUAUCCUAGGUGGGCUGCGUUUGUUAAAGCUUAUCCUCAUCUAGUGGAACAAGAUGAAAAGAAAUUUAAAAGACUACAAGAGGCUGCAAGAAAGGAUGUUGAGCGAGAGUUUGGUGUUCUCAAGGGAAAAUGGAAGAUCUUGGACCGUCCCCUCAGGCUAUGGACAAAGGAGAAGAUCAAAAAAGUCGUCGCUGCGUGUACUAUACUAUACAACAUGAUCAUCAAAGACAACGGGCUAGCGAUAUCACCGGUUCAUAUUAUGGAUCCACCGGUGCCAAGAGUUUAUAACCUGAAAGCAAACCGGGAGAUAAUGGACGAGAACGUACAUCAUCGGCUCCGAUACGAUCUCACGGCGCAUGUAUCGGCUUUAGACUUAUCAUUCCUUGACGAUCCAGCGAUGCAGCCACCAUCAGUCACGAGUUUGAUUUAG